CGUGCGUUUGCUCACACUCUGGAGCGUCGCAAAUGCAUUUCGGACAGCAUAAAAUGAACGUGCACCAAAGCCAUAAGGUGCCACCCUGCCCUGCCUUCAUGCCAGUCAAUCCUGACCUUUUCCAGCACUGAGUGCCGUCCGCCCUGUUCCUAUAGCCCUUGUGUAACAGCAUGAGCCUCUGCCACCUGCACAUGUGGCUUUCUCGCAAUUAGGAAGAAAAGUGCUUUUUGCAGUCAAGUUAAUUCAGAUGAAUUAGCUAAACUUAAAUGAAAAAAAUCCCGUUUUUGUAGGCUGGACAAGGUGUAAGGGCUCAUUCUAGGGAGUUCUGUUGCAACCCCAAGAAGCCAAAGGUCUUCUUCAUGGCUCAGGAAUUAAUUACACAUUUUUAAUUGAUCAGGAAAGAAAGAAAGCUCUUCCUAGUUCAAGGUUUUUGGUCAAAGGAAAAAGAGGCUGAAAGGAAGGCCAGGGUAUCUGAGAUCUGCACUUCCAUUUCUAUAUCAAAGACCAGUUUUAGUGUGAAGUCUGGUGUUGAAAAGUGGCAAAAGAAGAUUAUCUCUAGAUAAAAGGCCAUUGAUUGCAGUGGAUAAGGCAAGAACUUGAGAGGCCCUUUCAAAUUAGGCAACUUAAAGGUAACUCCAAGCUACCCAGAGUUUAAUAAAGUUAAAAGCAGUGGUGAGAACAAAGACUCCCUAGGGAGAAAUCCCCCAGCCUGAGGAAAAAAGCCUGUCAUUUCAAAGAAAGGCUUUGAAGUUUGGCUGGAACCAGCUCCCCUAGACAAGCAGUUAAUGAGAUUGCAGUAGGACAUGGGUCACUUUGGUGUUUCUUUAGAUCACCGUCUUGGGAACAUUUGUCAACACUAUAGAAAUCCAUUUGAUUCAGAGGCGAGCACCUUCUUGCAUGCUCAAGGUAUAAAUAGCUGAGACAGCAAUACUGGAGACAAUUUAGUAUCUUCAAGGGUGCAGCUAUGCGGCUUCUUGCCCCAACUACAGUGCUUCUGAUUGGCCUCUUCUGCGCUCCCAGCUUUGUCAGUAAGUUCCCUUUCUCUUCUUAUCCUCUGGUUUUUAGCACCUUUGGUUCUGAUCUUUGGAAACAAAGUACUGGUACUUGUGAAUUAACACGGUCGGUUGCUAUAGCUGACAUCGGAUGCAUCCUUUAUUGGGCGAUGACAUCUUCUACUUGGCUGCUCCAUCUUCUGCAGAGCACUGAGCUGAUUCUUAGCACUCAGCAAAUAACUUUGGGCUGGUUUAUAUGAGGAAGUCACUGUGCUGGAAGUUGGAAUGGGAAUUUACAGUGCACUUGCUGGUCCAUGCUAACCCUCUGUGUGAAUGAUCUCAGUACACAGUAAGCCCCUUUUAAAUUCACCUAGCAUACAUAGCAGUAACUGCUCUGUGUAGAUAAGCCUUUAGUCCCCUCCUGGCAAGAAAGAAAGCAAGAAAGUAGCUUGAGUUUUGAAGUGGGGCUAUCCUGAAUUUUGCAUGUUGUGCCUGCAGGUGCAGGAGCUAUCAGCAGACAGAGUGAGCAAAGGAACUUAUUUGCAGACAGAGGUUGCUGUAGGAGGCAGAGCCAUUACCUCUACAUUGGACAUGACAUCUCUGGAAGUCCUGUAAGUGUGGAUGUUGGGAUGUGCAGGUCCCAUUGCAUAUCCCAAAGGAUAAACUCAUAUCAACCUGGACUUCGAGGCCUCUCCAGACAUUCCUCCAUGUUGGACUUCCUUAGAACUAAGAAGCUGCAGGAUAGACAGAUCGAGUCGCCUCUGUUGAGUGGAGCAGAACGUUCCUGCCCUUUGGAUUCCCUUUGUGAACCUACCAGGGUUCACGUGGAGAGACUGCUGCUGUUCGAAGGGUUCCAGGAAGUGGAAGUGAUUGAGACCUGUCAAUGUAACACAAGCCCAAAGGAGUGUCUUCGGCUGCCAGCCCUGAAAACCUUCUUUCCAGACUCCCCCUUGGAGUUCACUGUGGAUGCUGGCAAAUGCUCCAACCCUUCCCACGUAGAAGAUGGACUCUUCUGUGCCCCCACAAAGUUUGACUCUGUUUUGAUCAAAAGCCCAAACGGUGCUGAGGUGGUUCAAACUCUGGAGAACUGUGAAAUGAAAGAACCCUGCUAUCGAAUUUCCUACGUGGAAUACUACUAUGAAAUCAUAUACAACUCAGCUGGAGACAGAGAGGAGCGGCUUAAGGAAAUUGAUGUGGGACGGUGCUUGGGGAGCUGCUCCAUAGGGAAUCGCUGCUUGCUUAGGGAUUCACACAGUGGAGAGAAGUGCCUGGUUUGGGCUGAAGGCACCUCCAGUCGCUGUGUGCCUGAUCAGUACAACACUCACACAUUCAAGAGCCGCAGCGGCCCCAUCCGCACUGUGUUUGCUAUCGAGAAGUGUAAAUGUAAGAAUUAGAAACUUUGGGGACUGCAGAUUCAGAGCGUACAAGGGGGGCGCAGGGAGCGGAGAAUGAGGAUCAUUGACUCAUAGAAUCAAAUGUCCAGCCAUGCCCCAUUGCCCCUGAAGCAGCCUCUGGCAGACUUUCUGUACUAUAUGUA